GCCUCGACGGAAGCGGUCUGAUCUGUCAAGGGAGGAACAUUUUUUUGCAGAAUUUGACACAAAGAGCCAUCAAAUAGCACCGAUCAUUCCCCCCUUUUUUCCUCGACACCGGCGUCCGCUGCGAUGAUCCUGUUAGAAAUCAAUAACCGCAUUAUAGAAGAGACGCUGUCGUUGAAGUUCGACGGCGCUUCUAACGGAACCAAGCCAGAGGCUGUAGAUGUGACGUUUGCAGAUUUCGAUGGCGUCUUGUACCACAUUUCCAACCCCAAUGGGGACAAGACCAAAGUGAUGGUCAGCAUCUCCCUGAAGUUCUACAAGGAGCUGCAGGAGCACGGCGCUGACGAGCUUCUCAAAAGGGUCUAUGGGAAUUUCCUGGUUUCAACAGAAGCUGGCUACAAUGUGUCCCUCCUCUACGACCUGGAUGCUCUACCAGCCAACAAAGAUGAUGUUGUCCACCAGGCGGGAAUGCUCAAGAGGAACUGCUUCGCCUCCGUUUUUGAAAAGUACUUCAAGUUCCAGGAGGAGGGCAAAGAGGGCGAGCAGAGGGCCGUGGUCCACUACAGAGAUGAUGAGUCCAUGUAUGUGGAGGCCAAGAAAGACAGAGUGACGGUGGUCUUCAGCACAGUGUUCAAAGACGACGACGACGUUAUCAUCGGCAAAGUGUUCAUGCAGGAGUUCAAAGAGGGUCGGCGAGCUAGCCACACAGCCCCACAGGUGCUGUUCAACCACAGGGAGCCUCCUCUGGAGCUGAAGGAUACAAGCGCCGCCGUCGGGGACAACAUUGGAUACAUCACCUUCGUCCUGUUUCCUCGUCACACCAAUGCCAAUGCCAGAGACAACACCAUCAACCUCAUCCACACCUUCAGGGACUACCUGCACUACCACAUAAAGUGCUCCAAGGCCUACAUUCACACACGCAUGAGGGCCAAGACGUCAGACUUCCUCAAGGUGCUGAACCGCGCUCGACCCGACGCUGAGAAGAAGGAGAUGAAGACCAUCUCUGGAAAGACCUUCUCCCGCUGAGGCCGAUGUCCCCAUCAGACAAAUCCAAACCCCCCGUGGACACGCCCAAACGCGCCACACUGAGACUCAACGCCACAUCGGACAGGACUCCAGGACAGGAAAUGCCCUGGCCAGCCCCACCCCUUCCCCAAAACACGUGUCCACUCUUUUUUUUUUUUUUCUUAAAACAAAAAAAAAUGAAUAAUAAAGUUGGCUCUACUUAGGGAAAGCCAAGGCUCGAGAUAAUGAAAAAGGGCAUUCCUUGCUUUGCAUAGUUAAAGAGAAUUAUUAGUCCUAUAUAAAUAUAUAUAUGAAAAAAAAAUGAAAUUUUUGAUACGAUAUCUUUUACUCCAUUUGGUACUCUUGCUUGCCCCUCAACCUUCACCACGCAAUAUCCAUGUAUUGGAUGAUUCAAACCCUUUCCUCUUCUCCUCUAUUCCCCCUCUCUGUGCUUUCAUGUCGUCUGUACCAUUGUCAUUUGAAAAAAUAAAAUAAAACACUCUU